AUGACUGAUCAGAAAAGUUGCGAAGAAAAGCAUGAUGCGGAAAAUGGAGAGCAAUCGGCAGUUGUUCAGCUGCCGCCGUCAGUGAGCUCGGUCAAUGCCGGCCAGCUCUUCUGGCGUGACAUUCUUAAAUCUUCCAAAUUCAUCCUCGCCCCGAUGGUCGAUCAGUCUGAACUGCCCUUCCGACUGUUUGUUCGACGAUACAACGUAGAGUGCACCUAUGCUCCGAUGUGGAAUGCCAAACUAUUCGUUAAAGACGUCAAGUAUCGACGAGACUGUCUUCACGUUCUUCCCGAGCUUGAUCAACCGAUGAUAAUCCAGUUUUGCGCGAAUUCACCUAAAAUCUUUGCCGAAGCAGCCAAACUUGCCGCUCCCUACUGCGAAGCAAUAGACCUUAAUUUAGGCUGUCCGCAAACAAUUGCCAAACGAGGCCACUACGGAGCCUUCUUGCAAGACGAAUGGGAGCUUGUUCAUGAAAUAGUCAAAACGGCUGUUGAAGAAGUCGGCAAACCGAUAACGUGCAAAAUUCGCAUUUUCGAAAACAUCGACAAGACGGUGAAAUACGCCAAAAUGAUUGAAAGUGCGGGCGCCUCGUUGAUCGGUGUGCACGGCCGCUACCGAGAGCAGAAGGGCGCAGACACCGGACUGGCCAGUUGGGAGCACAUCAGAGCGGUGAAGGCGGCGGUCAGCGUUCCCGUCUUCGCCAACGGGAACAUUCAGUCUCUGGACGAUGUUCAGCGGUGUCUGGCGACCACCUCCUGUGAAGGCGUCAUGUCUGCGGAAGGCCUGCUCCACAAUCCGGCCCUCUUCUCCGGCAAGCCGCUGACCGUGUGGGACGCCGCACUGGAGUACAUUGAACUGGCACGCCAGCACCCACCGCACUCCUUCUCCUUCGUUCGAGGUCACCUCUUCAAGAUACUGCACCACUGCCUGCUCCUAGACGAGCACCAGGAGCUGCGUGAGGUCGUCUCCAAGACGCGUCUGUUCGAGGCGCUGGAAGAGGUGGCGCUGAAGCUCAAGCAGCGGUACCAGGCUGACUAUGAGCAGUUCAUGGGCGAAUACUCACCUGCUGCUGCCGAUAGCCCUCACCCGAACCCGGACACUCUGCCCAUCUUCUUCUGCAAGCCCUACUACCGCCCAUCGCCGCCAAAGUCCAACUCAAAAGAUGCCAAUAAAGACGGCGAGUCAGCAGUGGACAAUGAUGGUGAUCAGCCAAAGGAGGCAACUGAAGAGGGGCCAGAGGGCGAGUCGCUCGCUGCUCAGCGAAUUUCCAAGCGUCAACGGAAGCGGAUGGAGAGAAUUAACCCCAAUAAGAAGCUUCGCAUUGGCAGCAUCGUCGAAGCCAUUCCGCCGCGUUGUGUCCCCAAGCCANAUCGCCGCCAAA